AGAUUGAACCAUCGAAACAAUGUCGUAUCUACAAGGUUCCGCACCCGCUCCGAAAAUGGAAUGAAGAAGCCUACACUCCUCAGGUAGUUUCAAUUGGCCCUUUUCACCACCAAAACGAAAGAUUGAAAGCCAUGGAAGAGCAUAAGGAGAGAUACUUCAGGAGUUUCGUGAAACGAAGUGCGAUAAACUUGGAGUAUUUGGUAGGCACAAUAAGGGAAAUGGAAGAAAGCAUUCGCGGGUGUUAUGAAGAGACCAUUUAUAACCUUGAUAGUGAUAGGUUUGUGAAAAUGAUUUUGGUGGAUGCGAGCUUCAUUCUUGAGCUUUUCUUCAGAUUUCGUUCAGGAAGAUGGACAAGAGAUGAUCCUAUUUUUGUGCAACCAAGGUAUAAUGCUGUGAGGCUUGACUUGCUAUUACUUGAAAAUCAGCUUCCAUUCUUUGUUAUUGAGAAACUACACCACCUUGCAUUUCCAUCUCUCUCAGACUAUGUUGGUUUACUUGAGCUUUCUUUUGACUAUUUUGGGUACUACAACAUUCAGUCCAUACAGGCCCAUCCCAAUUUCGAAAUAGAACACUUCACUGAUCUUCUUAGAACCUUUCAGGUACCUCCACCCGAGAAGCAACCAAAAAGACUCCAUCAAAUGAUGAAACAUUUGUACUCCGCAACACAGCUCCAUGAGGCAGGAGUAAAGUUCGAGGUUGGUACAAGUAAAUGCGAUUUUGACAUAAAAUUUGAAAAAGGGGUGUUGAAAAUCCCAAGUUUAGAAUUAAUGGAUCGAACGGAAGUUAUUACUCGAAACAUUAUGGCAUUAGAGCAAACUCGCUAUUUAGAAAAUGCAUACUUUACAGAUUACUUUGACUUCAUGGAUUCACUUAUCAAUGCUAAAGAAGAUGUGGAUUUACUUUGUGAUAAAGAAAUCUUGGUUAAUUGUCUAGGCGACAACAAUGCAGCAACCCUUAUGAUUAACAAUCUUAACAAGGGAAUCGCAUAUGCAGCAGUGAGAUAUGAUUACAUUGAACUCUGUAAAGAAUUGAAUAGUUUCUAUGAGAAUCCUUGGCACAAAAGGAAGGCAACAUUAAAACGUGAAUAUUUUAGCACCCCUUGGAGAACUGCUUCAACAGUCGCUGCUAUUAUUCUUCUGUUCCUCACUUUUAUACAAACAAUAUUUCCUGUCAUCCCAGCAGUAAAGGCUAAAUAAUUUGGAUGGGUAUUCCCUGUUCGAUGGAAUUGAUCUUGCUUGUGUAAAAUACACGAAUUGUGUAUUUCUUUCUCUGUUAUUAUUGUUAAUGUAAUUGAUCUUGCCAAUGUAAAAUA